AUGGAUACAGGUAAUGAAAUUAGAAAAAUUCUCGAAGUCACUAGAAUUGAGUUAACUCAUCAUGCUGAAAAUGAUAAUAAGCAUGGAAUAGUUAAGUGUUUAGAAAGAUUACAACAACUUCUUGGAAAUGAUGUCGAGGAAGCUGUUAAAUUGGUAAAUGAUGGUUUUGUAAAUGUAAUUCAAGAUAAAAAAAGUGGAAGAAAGGUUGUUAGAGUAUCAUCCAGAAAAAGUUCUAAAUUCUAUUACCUUUUUCCUUUAAUAAAUUAUUGUCAUUGCUCACAAUAUCAAGAAUUUGUAAUUAAUACUAAAUUAAAAUUCAUGGUAUGUUUUGACUAA